CAUCCAGAACAGAUUGGAACAAAGAGCAUUUGCCUCAGUCUGCCUGGUUACUUCAUGUUGUGUCUGCUCAUUUCAUGUUGUCUCAUAUAUUUGCACAGAAGACAACAAAAUAAGAGUGAAUUUUGUCUUUAAAUUUGAUGCUUUUAUUGCAUGAUUUAUCAUGGGAAUGAAUGAAAUAUUGAGACUGUGGCUACUUAUCUUUGGACUUGUUUUCAUUGUGGAUUCUUCAGUUUCGGCUCCAGAUGAGUGCCAGCAGGAGACCAUCAGACUGCGCUCCCAGCUGAGGACGCUGGAGGGUCGAGUGUCCAGGCAGCUGGAGCUCAUCCAACAGCUCCGCAGCCAACAGGCAGAGCCUCCCUCCAGGACGGACGGCUUCGUGGACCUGGGGGAGCUAAAGGACUAUGCAGACUGUGCUCAGAUCUACAAUGAUGGGAACAAUGGAAGCGGGUUUUACAUGAUCAAACCCCUGCGCUCUCCCUCCAAGAUCAAAGUGUACUGUGACAUGAGUGAUGGGGGCGGCUGGACCGUCUUCCAGAGGCGGACAGACGGUAGCGAGAGCUUUGAUCGGGAUUGGGCUGACUAUAAGCAGGGCUUUGGAAACAUGCAAUCUGACAGUGGAGAAUUCUGGUUAGGAAACGAUAACUUGCAUUAUUUAACUUCACAAGGUGAUUACGCCCUAAGGAUCAGCAUGGCAGACUUUGAUGAUAAUCUCCGCUAUGCAAAGUACAAAAGUUUCAAAGUUGCUAGUGAACAGGAUAGCUAUAAACUGGGGUUCGGUAAGUACUCUGGAUCAGCGGGAGACUCGCUCUCGGGCGGUUACCAUCCUGAGGUGCAGUGGUGGGCCAGUCACCAGGGGAUGAAGUUCAGCACUCACGAUCGCGACAACGACCGAUACGAACGCAACUGCGCCCGCGAGGACAAGGCCGGCUGGUGGUUUAACAGAUGUCACUCUGCUAAUCUGAAUGGCUUCUACUACAAGGGUCCGUACAGCUCUGUGACUGACAGCGGGAUUGUCUGGUACACAUGGCAUGGAUGGUGGUACUCCUUAAAAUCUGUGGCGAUGAAAAUCAGGCCUGAGGAUUUUGAGCCGAAUGAGGUGUAAACAUUUUCUGAACGCACUUCCACUGUAAUUUCUGCUGGCAAAUUCAGUGAGAAAUCUCAUCUUUGAUUUCAAAAUAAAAGUAUUUAGUACGCAUAUUAACACUAAAGCACAUAACUUGCAGCUUAUGCAUUGGAUUGUGUUUACUUCUCCUGAGUUUCUGUACAUAUGCUUGUCCAGGUGGUGGUUUAACUAAAGAAUUUUUUUAUUUUUAAGAUCGAAAUCCUAUAUCCUAGGCCCCAAUUUCUGGAGCCACGCGUCCAGAAGUCACUGAAUUUAAUCACCAUGCAUAUUACAUGUGGACAUUAAGAUAGAUUAUUUCUGUCUGUAAAUACUGCACUUGUCUUCCAAUGCAGGGUAGUUGAUUUGUCCAUAAUUUUUUACUAUGACUUUUCUGUUCAAGAAUUGUUUGAUUGAAACCUCAUCUUGUUAAGGCACUGUUUGAGUAUAUGGAUGUGAAGGAGGGUAGGUAACCAGAUUGAGCCAUUGUUAUAUCCGCCUACAUUAGUGGCCCAAACAAUCACUCGCAAGCACAGAUUCAGGCAAGCACUGUCAACAGCAUCAUAAUUAUGAGGCUACAUAUUUUAGUGCUUGCAAUGAUAUGAAACACUUGUAUACUACCAUAUAAAAUUAGAAACUCUUUAAGGCACUUAGGGUUUAUCCUGUAACUACUGCAUAGGUCAAAAUAAUAUGACAAGGCAUCACAAUGGCUGAAGCACUAUGAAUUAUUGUUAUAUGUUCUUUAAACAUUUUCUUACAAUAGUGGCAACAGAAAGACAGACGGAUCAGAGGUGUUAUUUUUCCGGCAUGAUAUCCUGAAUAAACGAAACCAGAUAUCCUGAUCCUGAUGUCAUAUUUCCUUUUUCCUGAUGUGGCAAAAUGCACUUGAAACAGGUUUCAGGGGUGUAACUAUUUCAAUGCCACUUUCUGAGCAAACGUUCAAAUAAAAUUCAAAUCUUGCAAAAUAAUAA